AUGGAGAGGUUAGCGGGAAAGACCUGGAAGGAGUCCAAGAACAUGUGGUUCAUUGCUGCGCCGGCGAUAGCCACGGCCAUCUUCCAGUUCUCCCUCGGAUUCGUCACCUCCGCAUUUGUUGGCCACCUCGGCGCCGCCGAGCUCGCCGCAGUCUCCAUCGUCCAGAACGUCGUCGAAGGAUUCGCCUAUGGGAUUCUGGUAAUCACACAGACUCCUCCAUGCCCGUCGGCCGUGUUCCUUUGGCUAGUUUGCUUCGUUUCACGCACUUCCUGAAAAACCGUAAAAUAAAACUCAAUUCUAUAAACCAACCACCUUGAUCGGUAAAACGCGUUGCGAAGAUCUUCUAUCUGUUCGAGUGUCAAAAGACAAUUCUUGAGAAGAUGAAAUUUCAGUAGGGAAAUUUUUGCGUUUCAAGUGAUAUUAUUAUGAUAAUAACGAGGACAAUCCCAUUAUAGUUCUAAGUUUCUCUCGCCAGCUUAACCUCUGAAAUCUCUAUGGAUCCUCGCUUACAGCUAGGCAUGGGAAGCGCCCUCGAGACUCUCUGCGGCCAAGCCGUCGGUGUUGGUCAGCUCAACAUGCUUGGGAUCUACAUGCAGAGAUCAUGGGUCAUAACGGGGGCCACGGCAUUGCUCAUGACGCCGAUCUACGUCUUCACAUCGCCCCUUCUAAAGCUACUCCGUCAGUCCGGAGACAUAUCCGAGCUCGCCGGCCGAUAUAGCCGAUGGGUGAUCCCCCAGCUCUUCGCUUACGCCAUGAACUUCCCUCUGCAGAAGUUCUUCCAGUCGCAAAGCAGAGUCUGGGUCAUGACGGGGAUCUCAGGAGUCGUCUUGGGCAUUCAUACUCUGCUUACUUGGGUCUUCGUGACUACACUAGGGCGUGGACUGGUUGGAGCCGCCAUAGCCGGGAAUAUCUCGUGGUGGCUCGUGAACCUGGCCCAGAUGGUGUAUCUGGUGUCAGGGUACUUCCCAGAGGCGUGGAGGGGGUUUUCUCUCUCUGCGUUUCGAUCUCUCUAUGCCUUCGUGAAGCUCUCGCUGGCGUCGGCCGUGAUGCUAUGGUUCGUAUUGAAAUGGAUGAUCACACCUUCGAAUUUCUUCCGAUAAACCAAGUACAAUUCUAACGUCAUUAGUUUCAUUAUCAGGAGAUUAUUCCUUGGUUACUAACAUGCUCCUAUCUCUCUAUUUAUCUGUGAUUCUAUUCAGCCUGGAGCUGUGGUACUACACCGCAGUGAUCAUCCUGGUUGGUUGCCUGAAGAACCCACACAUUCAAGUCGACGCAAUCUCCAUCUGGUUAGCUCCCAUUCACCCCGACUUUCUCUGCCAGCGUCUGAUCUCCGAUAUGAUCUUCGCCUUCUCUCUGAAUAUGACAGCAUGAAUUAUCAACUUUGGGCGCUGAUGGUCGCCCUGGGUUUCAACGCCGCAGUCAGGUUCGUCGGUCCUCGCCGAGCGCUGAGAGGUGAGCAGAGGGAGGAGGUACAUGGGAACUCAUCUUGCUCUGCACUCGUUGACCCUCCACAGCGUUCGCGUCUCCAACGAGCUGGGGGCUGGUCACCCGAAGGCGGCGAAGUUCUCGGUCGCCGUCGCCGUCUCCACGUCGGCGGCGGUCGGCGUGAUCUUCGCCGCCGUCCUCCUCAUCACCAGGGUUCAUCUGCCGCGGCUGUUCACGGACAUACCCGAGGUUGAGAGGGAGACGGCGAAGCUGGCCUAUCUCCUGGCCCCCACGAUACUCCUCAACAGCAUCCAGCCCGUCUUGUCCGGUGCUCCGAGCUGGAAACAGCCCUCUAUUUGUCCAUGGAUCUCUCUCUAUAGCCGAACAUGAAGAACUCAUAUACUCAUGGUGAUGCCGCGCAGGGGUGGCGAUCGGCGCGGGCUGGCAAUCCUCAGUGGCUUUCAUAAACACGGGCUGCUACUACCUUUUUGGUCUGCCUGUCGGAGCCGUCCUCGGUUUCAAGCUCAACCUGAACGCCUUGGUAAGGAGAGACCGACACCCUGAGCUGCCGCUGGGCUGAGUCAACUCGAUUUACAAGGGAUCGUCUCGCAGGGCAUCUGGUCGGGAAUGCUGGUCGGCUGUCUGCUGCAGACGGUGAUCCUGGUGGUCAUUAUAGCCAGAACCAACUGGCAGAGAGAGGUAAGCGUUUCCCGUUUUAUGUGGCGAGAUUCUUCGCCCUGGCCGCCAUCAAAAUGGCUCCAUUUUUUUGCAGGCAUCGCUAGCUGAGGAUCGGAUCAGGACGUGGGGGGGGUCGGCCGAGCCCCCUCGGAUCCCGCUCGAGCUGCAAGACGCCACUGGGUCCAAUGAUUGA